AGAGCAUUUCCUCAUUCGCAGUAAGCUCAGUGUGGUUGUGCGUGCAGCAGCACACACAGCUACAUCGGCCUGGAUACUGGUGUUACUACUAGACAUGGAACGUUUUGACCACUAAUAAACUAUCACUGAAGGAAAAGAUGGGGGACAGCGUUGAUGUCAAGGCUCUGAGAGCCAAGUUCAACAGCAAAUCCAGCACCUCGGAUACCAGCAGCCGGGACAGCGGCUCGCCGAAAUCUCCUCGACCUGGGUUUGGGAGAGCCAUUCUUCCAGUGGCAGAGAGCGAGCUGACACAGAGACUUUCACCCACGAUUCCUCCUCAUCUGGCUGGCCCAGGCCCGGUGAGACUCCCGAGAAUUGAGCCGAUGGCGGCUUCGAUCCCUCCCAGACCGGGUUCGUUCCCUCGACCGCCUGCCUAUGCUGGACUCAGAACCCCCACUCAGCCAACAGAUGCUACCAAAGUCAAGCAGACGGGGGAGAUGCUACAGAACAUGAUGCUGAGGCAUCAGAAGUCCCCGGUCCCCCAGGUACCCCAGGUACCCCAGGUACCCCAGGUACCCCAGGUACCCCGACUAGGAGCUGGAAGCUCAGCUCCUGUUCCACCUCCCACCUCUACCCCUCUUCCACUCAGACAGCAGCCUCGACAGAGGAGCGCGGGGGAAGUGACCCCACUGAGGAGGCCUCUGCCCCCUGAAGGACCGAUGCCCGUGAAACCUAAAAGACCUCCGACUGUCAACUUGGAGCCGUUUCGGAGGAACAGGAGAGGGCUUCCUCCUGCUCUUCCUGCCCCGAGGACGAGUGAUGGCUCAGGAAGCAGAAGGAUGUCUUUACCUGUAGCACCACCGGCAGUGGUCAGUCCUCCAAAACCUCCACAACGCUCUGACAAACCCAACAGACUGCAGCGGCAGAUUGCCUCUGCGGACCUGGACGAAGACGAACAGGAUCCCUAUGACGAUAUCGACAUUGACAAAAAUGAGAACUGCAGCGAACACAGUUCACAGUGUGUUGAUGGGGAUGAUGACGACGAGGUGUAUGAGAUGAUUGAUGAGGAGCAAGAGAAAGCCACCAUGAAAGAAGUUAAGAAGAAACAGGAGAAGGACAUGAAAGAGAUUCAGAAAAAAAUGAGUGAGCUCAAGAAGAAAUUUCAGUUACAAGGAGAGAUAGAGGUUAUUCACACCGCCAAAGUCCGGUACGACUGGAAUGGGGAAGGGAAACUGGACCUGAGCGUGCACCAGGGGGACAGCGUGGAGAUCCUCCGUGUGACGGGUAACCCGGGAGGCAGAUGGUUGGCACGCACUAUGAAUGGAAACUAUGGAUACAUCAACAACUCGUGUGUGGAUAUUGACUAUGAAGCAGUGAAGAUCAAACACGGGUACAAAAAAUCAAACUCACAAGCGUUACCUCCACCACCCCCGGACCCACCACAGAUCUUUAAUAUGGACUCCGACAACAGAGACAGCCUGAUUCAAGAUGAGGAUGACUAUGAUGAUGUCCAACCACUACCUGAAGAUUUCCCACCUCCGCCACCUGAAAUCAGCAUAGACCCCAAAGUGGAGAAGGAUUUGAAAAAAAAAUUUAAGUAUGAUGGACCACUCAGGGUGCUGCACACCAUGUUAGUGGAUCCUAACUCCAUCAUAAAGAAACCAGGAGCAAAAGAUCUGCCUGUAACACAGGGAGAGAUUGUGGAUGUCAUCCAGCUCACCAACAGCAAGAAAGCUCUGUGUCGCAACAGGUUUGGGAAAUAUGGUUAUGUGUCCAGAUCUCUUCUUCUUCCAAUGGAACAAGACAUUUAUGAUGACGUCGACUAUGCAGAUGAUGUCUACGACAACGAUUCUCUGUAACAUGAUUAUUAAAGUGUAUCAAACUAAACAUACAAGAGAGAAAAGGAAACAAACAAACCAAACAUUUUUUAGCUUUAUCGAACUAUAACCAAAAACUGGAUGCUAGAAAAUCAAGUAAAGACAGAAUCUGUCUGGAUACAGAUGCUUUAUUUGAUUGCACAAACUUCAGAAAUGUGUUGAAAAGUCACAGGUUUGUAGAGUUUCUGUAGAUUUGUUUGUGCUAAGCUGUAUAAAAGUUCAAACUUAAUCCAACUGUGUAAUUAUUCAAACUGACAAAAUCAAACGAUAUAUCAAACUUAAAUAUAAAUAUAAUAAUUUAUAAGGACUUGGGGUUUUUUUGUCCACAAAAGGUCACUCAUAAUAAGACUGUGUAAACAAACUUACUGUAAACCUUCACUCACCUGCCACUAUAUUACCUGCUCAACGUAUCAACACGUGAUGUCACAGAGCUCACUCUACUCAAAUGGCCUCCACAGUCACCAGAUCUCGGUCCUGUUCAUGGACUCACAGACUCACAACAUGGAUGUGCAGCCAACAAAAUCUGCAGUGACACUUGAAUCUCUGCCAUAAAGAAUUAAAAAUGGUUUUAAAAACAAAAUGUGGGCUGGAACCUUAUAUUAGUAAUGUAUAGCUAAUAAAGUGGCUGGUGAGUGUAAGUGCACACAGAUUGUCGAAGGUCAACAAACUCAUCAGUGUUUGUCAAAGUGCUUGUAUAGAAAAUAAAUACACUAUUACUGUUGAUGUGUGUAUUUUUCACCCUCUGAGAUAAUUUAAAUAAAAUAGUUUUU